AUGCAUCCUGAGUAUAUGAAUGACGAUGAUGGAGAGGAUGAACUUGGGACAAACCCACCACCAGUGGAGGAUGAAACUGAAGCACUGCCCAAAGAAUUGCCUGCGAGUGAGGAAUUGUUUAGUCCUGUGGAAGGGCUAGUGACACAAGCAUACAUGCAGAAAGCAGCGCUCUUUCUUUUCAUCAUGCUGGUUGUUUUGGUCAUAGUCAAGCGGCGCAGAUCCCCAGCCCACAAGUCGGAUGAUAAAAGCAUGGCGUAA